CACCUUAGUUGUCUAUUUAAGCAGCAGAACUCGUUGGUUCUUGGCCAGGAAAGACUUUGGUAGCAUAAACAACCAAGCAGAAUAUGCGUUUUAUAGUCGCUAGCUUCAUUUUGCUGAUUGCUCACCUGGGCUAUGGCUUGCAGGUGCAAACCGAGCACACGAUCCUGGAGGAAUGGAGCUGGCGGGAUGACCAGGGUCAUGGAGAUUCCGGUGGCUAUGAGUACUCCGACCUGCUAAACAAAGACAACGACGAGGAGGAUGAUGAUGAUUACGAUGACGAGGAGCACGGCAACAAUAACUUAGAGCUGGACAUAGACGAGGAUGAGGACGAGGAUAGCUGCGAGUACAGCUGCCCACGGUACUAUCGCCCCGUUUGUGUCCUUCGCAAUGGCCAGCCCAUGACCUUUGCCACCCCCUGCGAGUUCUACAACGUAGUGCGCUGCGCCAGCGUCCAGCAGAGACGUGGUCAGCUGGUGCCCCGCUUCGAGUACCUGCACAAUGGUGCUUGCUAGAGAUCUUCAUUGUUCCAAUUCGUUCUUUUAAUAUGUGGUUUUUGUGUACGUUUUCGGGAGCCCUGCGACAAUGGGCCUCCCUUGAGCUUGUCAUUUCUCUCCAGCGCUUACAAAUCUAGUAAUAAUUAUUAUUAUUAUUAAUUACGUAUUCUACUCUAGGUUUAAACACAAUAAAAAAAAAUUAUAACCCUGA